AUGCCAAUCCUCCCGGUCGACGCGUGGGUGCCCGCUGACAACAGUCGGGGAGAAGUCAAGUUCAAGUGCGGCGAAUGCAGCCAGUCUUGCGCCAGUGCCGGGUCCCUGCUCAACCACUACCGGCAGGCUCAUGUCAACGAGGGAGCCCGACGCACUUGGGAGGAACCCGCCGCCGACCCUCAGCAGGACGAGAUCGAUCGCGAGUACUGGAUCGACAAUGCCACGAACCGGAAGUACGUCUGCGACAAGUGCCCGAAGAACUACCGACUUCGCAAGCAACUGCUUAUCCAUCAGCGGAUAACCCAUGACAAGGUUCGAAACCAUCUCUGCGAGAUUUGUGGCAAGCGCUACAUCAGUCCGGCUGGCCUGAGGGAGCACCAAGCUGGCGUUCAUCGCAGAGAGAGGCCGUUUCCGUGUGACGAGUGCUCUUCAGCGUUCCUCAAGCAGCAAUACCUUGACACGCACAUUGCUACGGUGCACCGCAAGGAGAGGAAGUUUGCCUGCGAGGACUGUGGCCAGCGCUUUGGGCGAAAGGCAGACAUGGAGGUGCAUUUCGAACGGAUGCACAGUCAAGCCUCGGCCCGCACAUGCGACGAGUGCGGUGAAAAGGUGAGCAGCCCUUCAGAGUUGCUUGCCCACAAGAAUCGCAAGCACAAUCCCAAGGCCAAGUAUGUGUGCAGCGAGUGCGGUGGUCGGUUCAUGUCCCCAGCUCAUUUAAGGGACCACGAGAGCCGGCACUCGGACGAAAGGCCUUGGAAAUGUCAGUUCCCCGGCUGCACCAAGGACUACAAGAACAAAGGCGACUUGCAAAAGCACGAAAAGAAGAAGAGGCAUCGUCUCUGA